AUGUCUUCUGCCAAACGGGCGGACCUAGAAGCCAUGAUGGCUGAUCUAGGAAACAGCCGACUUGAGCAGUUGGCCACAGACGGUGCAUCGCGAGGUCGCCAAGGCCUCGCCGUCAAUAGGCAGCCGCAUUCUACCCAACCUGCUGGACAUCCUUCUAUGAAAUCAACUAGCAAUCUAGCUGAGAAUGCAGGAGCAGCUAGAUGGACAAAAGCUGUGAACGAAGGAUUAUUCAAUGAUGAUGACUACCGAGGAGUGAAGAACCUUGACUCAAUCGACGAUGGCAAUGCUCAUCGCCGUCACAGAGAGCCCAGACAUGGUUCAACCUAUGAUCCGGCUAAUCCUCUUGGCCCUCGAGGUAACCCUAGCAGGAGUUAUUCAUCAGCUGGGCAAACAAGCCGAUUUUCUGGGUUGCCAACCCCUGGAAUUACACAUGGAGUAGGACGUGGUGCACCAGCCCCAGCCCGAGGAGUAACACGACAGCCCCUGUCACUGGCGGGACGAGGAUAUGGUGCUUCGCCAAGCAUACAGAACCCACCUCUUGCAGCAGCAGGGCAUGGGCGUGGCCGUGGACGCGCUUCUACUCCUGUUCUUAGUACACCACAGGGCCUCACAGGUACGAGACCAGUAAUUGCGACCGCAACGGCGCCCAGAGUGCCUUCUGCCGUAGCGUCACAGCAUGGAGGUGGAGCAGGAGCUACGUCGGAAUUGAACAUCGUUCCUCCUAGCAGUGUGGAAAAGGAAUCGCCGAUCAGCAAAGUUCAUGCACAUGAGAAUGGUGUCGCAAAGAAAGCCGAUCAGCCGGUUGAUGCCACCUCCAUUCCACCCCACCUACGACAUCGACAUACCUCUCCGAGGCAGAAGGUGGAACCCGCACCUCUCACUCCCGAGGAAAAGAAUCAGGGGCAAGCUGUCAGCAAGGGUGUGGUUGAGGCCAUAGCUGCCCCGUCAGAUCACAGCCAAAUUGUCUACCGUGAUGAUAAAACCGACACUUCGCUAAUUGUUGGAAAGGAGCGAGCCGGUGUACGCAGUACAGUCACUCUUUAUGUGCAGCCCAAGAUUGACACAGUUUUCUGGGAAGUUAGCACAAAGAGCCUAGUACUCAGGGGUGAUAUCCGAGCUUGCAUUGCACCCUUAGUAGUUGGGGAUCUCUUAUAUCUCCGAAGGCAGGAAAAAAAUACGGCUGGGGUACAGAAUUGCUAUAUCACAUUCUCUAGUAGUUCUGCUGCAGAGAAGUUCAAGACGGCUCUCAAUUUCCAUCGAGACAAGUAUGCAAAUUCUACGGGUGAGAUCUUCAAGGAGACUUCUGAGAACCCAGAUAAGGUUGAAGAACGAUCAGUUAAGAAGACUCCUCUUGCCUUAGAGUCGCCCAAGACGGAGAUGAGCGGACAGACCGCGGUUGAGGAUUUGAUUGACCUUAACAAUGUCGCAUCGCCCGAGAAACUUUCCUCGCGCCCAGAUGAUCUUCAAGAACCACGCGAGCAUUCACGGGAAGCCCCUGUUCACCCCAUAGGUAACCAUUGUGAACCAUCCGGUCCUCGAAGUACACCUACGACUACAUAUCUGUCUGGUGGUUCUGCAUUGCCGGUCAUCGCAAACAUCGCUAAGCAUGACAAUAAAGAUGCUAAAUGUGAGGGCAAUUACGAGGAAUGCUAUAUUGAAGAUUCACGUUAUGAUAUCCUCGGUCAUUCUGUGGAAACCGUUGCGAAAAUCCCUGCUGGAACGCACUUGUCACGAGAGUCCCUUCGCGUCCUUGCUAACAUUACGAACAAGGACUACCAUUCUAUGAACAGGGACUAUCUGUCUAAGGUUCGCGAUUUCCGAACUAUGCUUCCAUCAAACUCUACGAUGCCGUCUCACUUGAUAAUCACGAGAUUGAAGCGAAUGGCUUUGAAUGUUGCAGCGAGAUGGCUGUGGAUGGAUCCUAGCUUUUCAAGUCUACGCUUUAACGAACAGAAACAGGUAUGCGCGGUAGUUUACACCAACGUCAAUCAUGGAAGGAAGAGAAUCAUCCGCCCAAUUGCACAGCUAACUGAGCUGCGACCAUCUCUAACCCUUUGUCCUCGGGAAGUGGUCGAAUUCAACGAGUUCUUGCGAAUGGAUGGGCUGGACAAGAAGUACAACCCUGGUCCGUCUUCGAUUAACUGGGACCGCGAUGCUGAAGAUGUCGCGGGAUAUCUCUCAGGGAACGAAGAGGUGGAGAAGAACCGUAAAGAAGAAGAAACUCGACGUGCAGAAGCAGAGAAGAAACGCGUAGAGCAGAAACGCGUCGAGGAGAAGAAGAAAGAGAAGCAAGAGGAACAGAGGAAGCAAGAGGAGCUGAAGAAACAAGAGGCAGCAAUGAAAAGUGCUUCCAGUCUUACGCACAAUCGAACACUCAAUUUCUUGUUAGACAACGAACUCUCUUCCGAUGAUGACACGACCUCGAGCCGGACUAAUUCCCAGAGAGUACCCGUGCCGCCUGCAUCUUCGGGAAACCCUGAACCAUCGACUCGCAGAACGGCAAACUCACCCGCAUCUACUCAGCUGACCGGUACACUACCAGAACCGAAUAAGAGUAGUACUGAUCACCCUCAUGACAACGGACUGAAUCGGGCGUCAUCAAGUUCCCAUGUGAGUUGCGGUAGUUCUCAUGUCGCGUCCGGUCGAUCAAUUCGCAACAACUAUUAG